GAUCACAGGAAAUAGAAACGAAACUAGUGACAGAACGUGAGCUCUAGAAAGUAUAACGUUUGGCGGACAAAUUCAGUGUUAAGGAAUAACUACGAAAGGAAUGAUAUGUUCGACGUUGAAGGUUGUUUCUGGAGCCUAAAGAGUUCAGUGAUCACCACCAAUUAGCUUCAUGGCAGAUACACAAGUCUGGACGACAUCAAGCAAUCUAUAGGACCAACAUGGUCGAAAAAUGAGAACAGAAAUAUAAUUGUGCUAAAUCUUUUGAUGUAAAGAAUAAUUUGAAUCUCAAGUGGUAAGAUCGAAGACGACAUUGUAUUCCAUGUUAAUUGAAGAAUAAAAACAAUCAGCCAGGGAAAAAAAUCCAAGAUGUCAUCUCCAGAUUUUUUGGCUGUUUGUUGUGUGAAAAAUGUUUCUGAUGUGGAUGUGCAGAGAAUGGAAGAUGAGAUGCUGGUUGGACAGAUCAUGCUGAUUAUAACCAUGGUGAUCUGUAUUGUUAGUAUACUGGGCGUGUGUUAUUUGGUUUUACCAAGGGGGCAGCCUGGUUCAUCAUUAUUCCGGAACACCUCCAACAGGAUAUUAGCUGGACCGAAUCUCAACAUCAUCAUCAGAUAUAUAGUAACAUGCAACCUCCUGGCUACUCUUGGGUUGUUGGUGCGGAGUGUAGUUUGGCUGGCAAAACAAUACCCAUCACCCCAUUCUGUCAGUCUGGAUGGUAGACACAUCUUUUGUAUCGUGACAACA